CUGGCUGCGUCCUGCAGAGGAAAGUGAUGGAGAAGGGGGGAGUACAGAGGUAGAAAAAAGGGGAGAAGAGGAGGAGGAGGACGAGGACGAGGCAGAAGAGGUUUUAAAUGUCCUAAAAAAACUCAGAACUGAGAAGAUGGCCGAGGCCAGUCCCCUUAGAGGUUUGCCCCGGAUCAGAAGAGCCACGACCUCCUUUCCUGGAAAUCUUCACCUGGUUCUGCUGGUGAGGCCCAGAAGUCACGUCCAGACCACUGGGACGGACCUGGGCUUCCGCUUUAGCCAAGAUGACUUUACGCUCAAGAUGCCGGUGAUCAUGCUGAGUUCUGUGACUGAUCUGCUCCGAUAUAUUGACGAGAAUCAGUUGAGCUCUGAGUUCGGUGGGACUCUCGAAUGCGGCCCGAGCGACUGGAUCGUCCUCCGAACGGCCAUAGAGAGCUUUGCAGUGACGGUGAAGGAGGUGGCCCAGCUGCUGCAGACCUUCGGCACAGAGCUGGCUGAGACUGAGCUGCCGGACGAGGCCAACGCCAUCGAGUACCUGCUGAGGUCCCACACGGACAGAUACAGACAGAUGAAGGAUGACAUUCGGUCGGUGAUAAAGGAGGGGAGGCAGAUCCUGUCGAACCUGGAGGGCGCUCGGGCAGCAGAGGGAGCGGCGGCGGAGGACAGAGACAUCAACCAGGACCGAGACACCGUGCAGAGGCUCUUGGCUCAGCUGAGGGAGAUGGAAAUGGCCUUUGAUGGCUUUUUUGAGAAGCAUCAUCUGAAGCUGCAGCAGUACCUCCAGCUGCUCAGAUAUGAGCUCAGCUUCCACGAGAUGGAGGCCCUGCUGGAGAAGCUGAGUGCCCGAGAGAAAGCCAUUCCUACUACAGGAGUGACCGUGGCCCAAAUCGAUCAGCUGCUGAAGGAUCUGGAGGACCUGGACACCACGGCUGAGGACGAGAUGGGUCACGCUCAGAUCAUCAUCCUGCAUGGUCACCAGCUGGCGGCGAGUCAUCACUAUGCUCUGGCCCUGAUCGUCCAGCGCUGUAAUGAGCUGAGACACCACUGCGACACGCUGACCACCGCACUGCACAACAAACACAUGGCACUGACACAAACACGAGACCUGCUGCAGCGCCUGGAGGAGACUGUGCGCUGGUGUGAUGACGGCGCGUAUCUGUUGGCCAAUCAGCUGGUGGACAAGUUCCAGUCUAAAGAAGGAGCUCAGGCGGCUCUUCGGGAUAUCGAGAGGCUGCUGGACAUGGCGCCUCCUGCUGUCCACUCCGGCUUCAACCUGCUUAUGCUGGAGUUCCAGACAGUACUGACCUCUCAGCUGCAGACUCAGAUCGGCUCGGUGAUGGAGAAGCUGAGCGCGGUCCAGACGAUGGUCCAGAACAGACAGGCCUGUCUACGCAAACUUGCGGACGUGCAGGUCAGACCCAUCCAGCUGGUUUCACCACGACCUGAGAGUCCAACACGGCUCAAAUCUCCACUGUUCUCCCCAAAACACAGUUUUGAUGUGAAUUCCAGUCUGAAGUUCUCGUUUGACCUCUCGCUCCCCGGAAAACGCACCUCCCGGAAAAACAACAACCACACAAAGAAGAUUGAGGUGAUGCACGACUACGAGGAGAACCGCAACUCUGUGUCGUAUGAAGCAGACAGAGAGGAGAACCCCGACCAGCACAAACGUAAUGUGAUGAAGGAGCUGAUAGAGACAGAGAAGGUGUAUGUGGAGGAGCUGCUGUCUGUCCUGCUGGGUUACCGCGCUGAGAUGGAUAACCCCGCCCUCUCUCACAUCCUGACCCCUGAACUGCACAACAAGAAGGAGCUUUUAUUUGGGAACCUGCCAGAGAUCUACAAAUUCCACAGCAGGAUAUUUGUUCAGGACCUGGAGAGCUGCCUGGAGACUCCAGAGCGAGUGGGAGCGAGAUUCCUGGAGAGAAAGGAGAAUUUCCAGGUGUACGAGCGUUACUGCCAGAACAAGCCUCGCUCUGAGGCGCUGUGGAGACAGUGUUCAGAUUCACUCUUCUUCCAGCAGUGUCAGAGAAAGCUGGAGCACAAACUGGGCCUGGAUUCAUAUUUACUCAAACCUGUUCAGCGUCUGACGAAGUACCAGCUCCUGCUGAAGGAGCUGCUGAAGCACAGCACCGAUUCUCCGUACGUCUCUGAACUGCAGGGGGCGCUAAACGCCAUGCUGGACCUCCUGAAGUCCGUCAACGACUCCAUGCACCAGAUUGCCAUCACAGGCUAUGAGGGGGAGCUGAGUGAUCUGGGCCGGGUGCUGAUGCAGGGCUCCUUCAGCGUGUGGAUGCGUAAAGGUGUGAUGCGCGUGAAGGACAUCGCUCGCUUUAAACCCAUGCAGAGGCACCUGUUCCUGCACGAGAGGGCGCUGCUGUUCUGCAAGAGGAGGGAGGAGAGCGGAGACCAGACGUCCUACAGCUUCAAACACUGCCUCAGGAUGAGCGCUGUGGGAAUAACGGAGAACAUUAAAGGAGACGUGAAGAAGUUCGAGAUCUGGUACAGCGGCCGGGAGGAGGUGUACGUGGUGCAGGCUCCGACGGUGGAGGUGAAGCUGGCGUGGCUCAGUGAGAUCAGAAAGAUCCUGACCAACCAGCAGAAGAGCCUCCAAGAUAAUGGUCACUCUGGUGUGGAUCAGCCUCUCUCUUCUCCUUUAGUUGACAGAGUGGAGAGAGUGUCCGUCUGCAUGCCCUGGAGCUCCGCCCACAUCGCUGGCUGCUCAGGUUGUUUUGAUGUCGUUCCUCACAGUAAGCUGCAGGGGGCGCCAGCGAGCUCGGAGGAGUCGGACCGCACCAGUCCGGUUCUGACGGACCCCGUGGUCUUCUCCCCCCGUCCACAGCAACACAACCGCCGCAGCUGGCCUGGCACCUCCAACUCUGUGGACAUCUGUGAGGGCCUGGAGGACUGGACCACCGACCUGUCCUUCAUCUCAGACUCUGAGGAGGAGGAUGAUGCUCUGCUGGUUCCUGGCAGGUACCGGGCGAUGGUGGACCACUUAAAGUGCGGCAAAGACGACCUCAUCAUAAAGCACGGAGAUGUGAUUCACAUACUGCAGGAGAACGCAGGGGGACUUUGGCAAGUUAAAAACCUGACCCGAGGAGGAGAAGGGAGACUUCCUGUUGACACCCUGCUGAGGAUUCUGGGAAAUGUAUGCAGAAAUCCUAUGAUUAGACCAGGUGGUGAGUUCAUGGCUCGGGAGAUAUGAAGAGCAGGAACCUCAGCACAUGAUGUUGGAUCAUCCAUCUCCGAUUAAAACUCUACAUUCAAACCAUCAACUGCGCUGAAGGAACUUUGUCCAACACUGGGAUUCUCCACCACCUGCACACAGAGAUUAAUGAAGAGCUACAAGUACAUGAAUAAGUUUGAUUCCUCUCGAUCAUCGCUCUUCAUCAGUGAGGAGGCUGGACUGAAAACUGUUCCUCUGAAUGUUUCUGAAGCUUCAGUCUUCAACUCCACUUAGCAGCCUUUAUGGAGCACAACCGGAUCCAUUUCCACACGGGAGACCAUCACCAAACAGUGCCAGAACAUAAAGCUGUAAACUUUACACUCAUUUACAUCCAUUACAGACCAUACAAGCGCAGCUUUGCAGGGAAACUCCACAUUGUUUCAAAAUUCCUGCAUAAUUAAGUGGUUGAGAUGUAAACAGAGGCGUUCAGAGCGGUUUGGUGUGAAGCGCUCUGUUCUAGAGAAACUUAGCGAGUCAGAACUGCUCACAGUGGUGGUGAUAGGAACCAGGCCUGGAUCAUUCCAUGGAUUUCAUGGGUGUGUGCAGAGGGGCCCAAGUCACUAGGGGGCCCCUAUGAGCAAUAAGAACAUCUAAACAGCUGUGUUUAACCCUUUUGUUGCCAUAGGAAGACUAAAUGAGAGCUAAUGGCAGGUGAUACAGUGAUCUGGCUGUGUUUGUGCUGUAUUUCUGGGUUGUGGGAUGUUAGAGCUGGUUUCUCUCACUCUGGCUGGUGAUGGCCAGUCAGUCUGGAUGGUGAGGCAGAGUCUGAUGUGUGAAUCAUGUCAUUGUUUUAACCCUUCCAAAAAAAGCCAAAAAAACAGAGCAAUAAUAUCAGGAAUUUGGGUGAUUUUCCUAUCACCACCGCUGUAAAGACGUCUGAACUGUUUCACACCAAACCCUCUGAACCUCUGAUUACACCUCACACACUGAGUUAUGGGGGAUUUUGGUAGUUUGGUGGAGUUCCCCAUUAAACCCAGUGUGAUGUGUUGGAGAUGAUGGAGAGUUUCUCCUGGUCUCUGAAACCGAGCAGGUCAGACUGUCAGUGAUGUUUUCGUGCUGCUGUGUGAGGAGAGGCAGUUCACGCUGUAAAUGAUCUACUGUGUGUGCCAAACUUUACAUUCCAUAACUCAUUCAGCCUUUUCUAAUCUGUUUUUAUACUUUGGUAGAUGUUUCAUAGCUUCAUUCUCUCGUCUGAGACGGAAUACGGUUCUAGAUUUAGUUUAGUUUAGUUAGACGCUGCUGCGCAUGACGCGCUGCGGUUCGCCUUCAGCUGUACAGUUCUCACUCUCAUCUACAGCUCUCUGUGAAGCAGGAAGACCUGAGGUUUUCAUCCUGAUCUCCAUCUGCUGUAUCUGUACCGUAAAGCCGGGCCUGACCUCCCUGGGGUUCUCCUGCCUGACCCGUGAGCCAUUUAGACCAUUUACAACGUCCACACAGUCACACCGGACACCCCAGUGCUCCCACUGCAGCCCUCCUCCUCUAAAGCAGUGAGAGUGAGCUACAGUUUAUCAGUCAGUCGAUAUUUACUCCUCCACAACUGACGCACUUCAGGCCGGAUUCACGAAAACCUUCUUAAGAAAAAACACGCAGAGGUUCUACAGACAAACACUAAGAGGUUCUUAAGGUUCUCCAACCGUUCUUACGAAGAAAUUCCUUCUUAAACCCACUUACACAGUUCUGACUCUGAUGUUGAUGUUCUUCUGAUGUUCUGCUGAUGUUCUUCAAUGCAAUCUUAAAAAAGCUUAAGAAGUUCUCAAAUGUUCUCUUAAGAUCAUCUGAAUUAUUUUUAAGUCUUCAUUGUUUUGAUGUCUGCCCGUUUGCAGAUCACCGCGGUCCGUGAAUGAUGGGAGGCGUAUUUUAAGUGUGCAUGAACUGCUCUUCCUGUUAUUGAGUUCAUUCACUCAGAGAUAUUAAUAAUCAGAAAUAUUAAUAAUAUAUUUUAAUAAUAUCAAAAUAUUACCAGACAAGAUCCAGAACUGACGGAGGAAGAAACAGGAAAAAGUCCUCCUUAGAAAGUCCGAUAACUGAGGGGUGACGGACGAGGAUGAGGAGCAGCGGCAGCGCUGAGAGAAGUUUAGGCCAUCGCCUCUUUAAGUCUCACAGCCCGAGGCGAGUCUUUCAUCAGCUUAGAAACCCUGAAGAACAGGCGGUUUUCAGGAAAAACACAGAAAACAAGAGGAUUCACUUUCUCAUUCUUCUUCCUCACGAAUGAAGUUAAAACUGCACUUUUAAGAAGACUUUGGUGAAUCCGGCCGCUGAUCAGUUAUAGAUUAUGCUAUUAUUGAUUUGAUCAGGCUCGUUCACGCAGCGCCCCCCCCCCCCCCCCCCCCCCGAUUCCCUUUCAUACGUAUAUUAAUCCUCUUUACUGAGAGACGGGCGUCCAUAUCGCCUGGCCUGUCCAGCUGAUCAUCACUUUACGCCGAUAUUUAAUCAACAGUCGGCCCAUCGCUGUCAGACGAGUUCUGUGGACACACAUUUGAAGUAGGACUGUUUAUAUGAACUUUUGAAGAACUUUAAUAACACAGUAAUAAAGGUUCUAAACUCUAGAACCCAGGAGUGUUUCACAUUAAUGUUUACAGAACUCAGCGUCUGCCCUUGGACCUCUACUAUAGUGAGUUUAGAGUCAGUGAGUUUAGAGUCAGUGAGUUUGGAGUCAGUGAGUUAGGAGUCAGCGAGUUAAGAGUCAGCGAUUUUGGAGUCAGCAAUUUAAGAGUCAGCGAGUUUGGAGUCACCGAGUUUGGAGUCAGUGAGUGUAGAGUCCUCUGUGAGUUGUCAGUAGGCUCAGUAGGAAGUGUGUUGAAGUUCCUGUCUGUGGUCAUCUGUGCGAUGCAGAUUCAGCAGAUAAAGAUUAUAAUAAACUGAAAUCUUCCUGCGACUCUGACACAGACGCGUCUGUUCUGCUGUGACUCUCUGAGCCGGUGCAGACGCGUCUGUUCUGCUGUGACUCUCUGAGCCGGUGCAGACGCGUCUGUUCUGCUGUGACUCUCUGAGCCGGUGCAGACGCGUCUGUUCUGCUGUGACUCUCUGAGCCGGUGCAGACGCGUCUGUUCUGCUGUGACUCUCUGAGCCGGUGCAGACGCGUCUGUUCUGCUGUGACUCUCUGAGCCGGUGCAGACGCGUCUGUUCUGCUGUGACUCUCUGAGCCGGUGCAGACGCGUCUGUUCUGCUGUGACUCUCUGAGCCGGUGCAGACGUGUCUGUUCUGCUGUGACUCUCGGAGCCUCGGCGCUGGUGCAGACGCGUCUGUUCUGCUGUGACUCUCGGAGCCUCGGCGCCGGUGCAGACGCAUCUGUUCUGCUGUGACUCUCGGAGCCUCGGCGCUGGUGCAGACGCGUCUGUUCUGCUGUGAUUCUCGGAGCCUCGGCGCCGGUGCAGACGCAUCUGUUCUGCUGUGACUCUCUGAGCCUCUGCGCCGGUGCAGACGCGUCUGUUCUGCUGUGACUCUCGGAGCCUCGGCGCCGGUGCAGACGCAUCUGUUCUGCUGUGACUCUCUGAGCCUCGGCACCGGUGCAGACGCGUCUGUUCUGCUGUGACUCUCUGAGCCUCGGCACCGGUGCAGACGCAUCUGUUCUGCUGUGACUCUCUGAGCCUCUGCGCCGGUGCAGACGCGUCUGUUCUGCUGUGACUCUCGGAGCCUCGGCGCCGGUGCAGACGCAUCUGUUCUGCUGUGACUCUCGGAGCCUCGGCGCUGGUGCAGACGCGUCUGUUCUGCUGUGAUUCUCGGAGCCUCGGCGCCGGUGCAGACGCAUCUGUUCUGCUGUGACUCUCUGAGCCUCUGCGCCGGUGCAGCAGUGUCUGUUCUGCUGUGAUUCUCGGAGCCUCGGCGCCGGUGCAGACGCGUCUGUUCUACUGUGACUCUCGGAGCCUCGGCGCCGGUGCAGACGCGUCUGUUCUGCUGUGACUCUCUGAGCCUCGGCGCCGGUGCAGACGCGUCUGUUCUGCUGUGACUCUCGGAGCCUCGGCGCCGGUGCAGACGCGUCUGUUCUGCUGUGACUCUCUGAGCCGGUGCAGCAGUGUCUGUUCUGCUGCGACUCUCGGAGCCGGUGCAGACGCGUCUGUUCUGCUGUGACUCUUGGAGCCUCGGCGCCGGUGCAGACGCGUCUGUUCUGCUGUGACUCUUGGAGCCUCGGCGCCGGUGCAGACGCGUCUGUUCUGCUGUUCUUUUAUCUCAGGUGUUCACUACACUGGCUUCGCUGUUAGCACUUAGCUUUAGCUAGCUUCGCUGCACGUGUGGCCCAGGGCGCUUCAUCCUCUCACCUGCUGGACUGUGGAAGCUCGUUUACACCGGACUGACCGCCGCUCCCGUCUCUACACGCCUGACGGCAGUGUGUGCAGUUAUAGACUAAAUUUCACUUUGGAUCUAAAAAUACUGACGUUUUCUCAAGAUCCUGACAUAAUGUUGAGUUAUUUGGAGAUUUUUCAAGUGACCUGUUUUCUCUUAUUUGACUUAUGUUGCAGAAAUGAUGUUAUAAAAUUGUGAGAAAGCAAAUAUGAUGGAAACCUCGUAUCUCCAGAGCAGCAACUUUACAGGACGAGGAAAAAACUUACUUUACUUUCAAUGGACAUCAAUGGAACCGAACGUCAUUCCAAGUCAUUUUGUGCCGCUUCUUUUGGUCCAUUCAUCAUGAAAUUUACACACAAAGUAAAGUUUAACAGACAUUUUGAAAUUAUGUGAAAAACUGAAAAUGUCAGAAAUGGAGACAGAAGGUUUUGUUCCGACAGCAGAACGUACAAAUGACGAAUCACAAUUUUGAGAUGCAAAGUCCAAAUGUACAAAAUCUAAUUCUGAGAUUUUUUGAGGAAAUAAGUCAUUAGUAUGAGGUGAGAAGUCAAACAGGCGGAGAUGCUUUGACUCACUGCUGCUCAGAGGCGAGGCAGGCAGGCGAGCUGUUGCUCUCUGAGCUGGUGUAAACAGGCUUUUACAGAAAUGUGGGUUUCAUCACCGUCUGAACUUUUCAAAGCCAUACGUGUAGAAAUCAGUGUACGGGACGAGCUGCGGGAACAGACGUGGCCCCGUGCUCUCAGUAUGGAACGGGUUCCACUGGACGUUUAAGCACAAAUGAACGAUGGAGGAGCUGUUAUUAUUUUCUGAUGUCCAGUUUGUGAUUGUUGAUUGUUAGUAAACGUGACGAUUCUGAACAGAGAAGAACGUCAGAAUGUG